CCUAAUUUGGCAACACUCCAAGAGAUUUCUAGGGUUUUCAUUGCAUUGAGAGAGAGAGAGGGUGGGGGUAAAAAAUGGCGGCUGAGUUUCGGGCUCUAUUGCUGACGGAUCUCGUUGCUGUUCCCAUCGGCGGGGUUCUUUCUGCAAUCAAGGAUGUUGGAGGCGAGAUUGUUGCGGAGAAUGAUGUUCUUGUGAUCACCCAAGGCGAUUCGUUGGUGGGGAUGGGCUUGGUGACAGGAGGGAAGUUGCCAAUUGGCUCUGCCUCGGUAGAGGUCAUUGUUUCUGUUUCGAAGGCUCUUGAUUUCUUCUCGGAGCAGUUGCUUGAAGAGAUUGGUAGACUGUUGAAGCCUGGUGGCAAGAUCUUAGUGCAGACAUCUCUGCCUUCUAAUGAGAACAUCGACAAGGAAAAGUUGACGCUGGAGCGGAAACUACUCUAUGCAGGGUUUCUGGAUGUCCAAGCCACAGAAACGAAAGCAUUUGUACCGCUUGAAAGCACAAAGUCACUUACGAUAAAGUGUAAAAAGGCUUCAUGGACUGUGGGGUCAUCUUUCUCCAUCAAGAAAUUCACAAAGACUGUUCCCAGGAUUCAGCUUGAUGACGAGUCAGAUCUUAUUGACGAAGACAGUCUUCUGACUGAAGAAGACUUGAAGAAACCACAGCUUCCAGUUGUCGGGGAUUGUGAGGUUGGAAGUACAAGGAAAGCUUGCAAGAACUGCACUUGUGGCAGGGCUGAGGCAGAGGAGAAAGCGGUGAAGCUGGAUCUUACUGCAGAUCAGAUAAACAACCCUAAAUCUGCAUGUGGUAGUUGUGGGCUUGGCGAUGCAUUCCGGUGCAGUGGAUGCCCUUACAAGGGCUUUCCUCCAUUCAAAUUAGGAGAAAAGGUCUCGCUGCCUGGAAAUCUCCUUGCUGCUGAUAUUUAGGAGAGAAGUUUGCACAAUGUCAGUUUAGACUGUACCGGUUCAUGAGUCCGUUGAUCAUUUGUGCACGAGUUCCUGGACAAACCUCUAUGCUAGAAGCAAAGAACAGGAAGACAGACGUUGGAUAUGAAUUCUGUGUAUGGACUAAUGAUCUUAUCAAAAAUUUUGUUGUGCUUAUUAUGUAAUGUCGAGUUCUGUGAACUUUGGUUAGAAUGAUAAAAUGUUGUUCGCCCUUGUUUUUGUAAGCAAUGAACAUACUCUUUGACAAGUUCACAUUGUGAUUGAUUGGUA